CGAUUACACACUGGAUGAUUCAUUUUGGAAUGAAGAAAGCCCAGUUGGAGAAGUGGAGCGGCUUCUACGCGAGUACAGGCAGAACCAGGAACUGGUCCGGAACAUCGGCGCUCACUACUACCAAAUCAUAUAUCCGGUGCAGCUGCGACACCACGAGAAGAUGGGCAUAUCCACCAGGGAGGUCAACACGCAGAAGGGCCGAGGAUAUGAUUAUCAACAGGGAACGAGGUCGCGGGCGAGGACCGGAAAACAUUUUCACAGGACGUCACUUCUCAUAAAAGCUUUCAAUCACAAGUUCAGGCUGGAUCUGGAGCUUAAUACGCAAUUGCUGGCACCGAAUCUGAAACAAACGCAGUACCUCGCAAAUGGGGCUGAGAGUGACAUUAGGACUGAAAUCGAACACUGCUAUUACCACGGCACGGUGAAGGACUACCCCGGCGCCUCCGCCGCGUUCCAUACGUGCAACGGCGUGUCUGGAGUCAUUCACAUCGGCAACGAGACGUUCGUCAUUCACCCCUUCUACGGGGGCGACUUGUCGAAGCACCCACAUGUGAUCUUCGAAGCGAGGACCAAGGCGAACAAGGGGUGCGCCAACAAACUCGAGUUCCGACCCAAGAACCGGCGCACCAAACACCUCAACUUCGUCGAGGAGCUCAACGAUGAUCCUAACUAUGGCACCGGCAACCACUCGACAGACGGUCGCUCAUGGCGUUGGUGGCAGAACACCAACCUCCGCGCCCUGAACAGACGGAGGCGUGACGUGAGAGAGACAACCAAGUACAUAGAGACAGCCCUGAUCAUAGACAAGGCGAUGUUCGACCGGAGGAACGGCAGCACCAGGUCCGAGGUGGUGCACGACGCCAUCCAAGUGGCCAAUAUUGCUGAUCUGUACUUCCGAACCCUGAACACGCGCGUGUCACUGGUGUACAUCGAAUCAUGGCAGAGUGCCGACCAGGCCGACAUCGACCGCAAGCAGGACAUCACGCGCGCCAUACACAAGUUCAGCGACUACACCGCCAGGAAACUCUUCAAGAUCGAGAAAGACACCACGCAGCUGCUCACAGGUCUUACGUUCCCGGGAGGUGAAUCCGGUAUAUCGGUACCAGACACUCUCUGCACCACCAAGUCGGUCGGGAUUUCUGUGGACACGAACACGUAUGAACCCCAUCUCUUAGCGGGUACCAUGGCUCAUAUGAUUGGUCAUAAUAUUGGCAUGGGUCACGAUGACGGGCGCGAACAGUGCUUCUGCCGCGACUGGCACGGCUGCAUCAUGGCGCAGUCCAUCGUCGGCUCCGACAACGUCCAGCCGUACAAGUUUUCAGACUGCUCCAAGAAUGAUUACAUCAAUGAGCUGAGGAUCGGCCAGGGCCUAUGUCUUCUCAAUAAACCUAACCAGUUGGUGAACCAGUUGUGUGGAAAUGGAAAGUUAGAUGAAGGCGAGGAGUGUGACUGCGGCACCAUCACCGAGUGCCAGAAUAGUAACCCUUGCUGCGACCCCUUCACAUGCCGGCUCACCAAGGAAGCCCAGUGCGCUUACGGAGAAUGCUGCGAGAGGUGUUUGCUCAAACCACGAGGCACCGUCUGCCGUGACGCCACGAACGAAUGCGACUUAGAAGAGACCUGCACUGGAGUUACUGGCGCCUGUCCUCCUGACUCUUAUCGGAAGAACGGAGACCCUUGCGAGGACGGCAAAGGAUACUGUUUUGCUGGACAGUGUCCUACACUGUCCGUGCAGUGCGAAAAUAUCUGGGGCACUGGAUCUAUCGGCGCUGAUAGAGAGUGCUUCGAACAGUUUAACUCCAAAGGUGCUAUGACAGGCCACUGCGGGAAAGACGGGAAUGGCCACUACAUCAAGUGUGAGACUGAGAAUGUGAGAUGCGGUUCCUUACAGUGCCAAAAUGGAAAUAGAUACCCCGUCGUCACAGGCUUAGAUGAAUACUUUACUAGGACAGUUAUUACUAUCAAGGGAAGCGAAUAUGAGUGCAAAGCGACCACAGGUCUUCCGAAGCACAACGAGGUGGCGCCGCUGGGGCUGGUGCGCGACGGCACCCCGUGCGGCGACAACCUCGUGUGCGUCAACCAGACCUGCACCUCCAUCUUCCCCUACCUCGACCACACCAAGUGCCCCAGCGACCGGAACAACCAUGAGUGUUCUGCUAAAGGGGUGUGUUCAAACAUGAACAAGUGUGUGUGCAGUCGCGGGUGGACAGGGCCGGACUGCUCGCACCACGACGUGUUGCCCCCCUCGCCGACCCCGUACGUGCCCGAGAACGCCACUAAGGCGGCGUACAACAUGACCAAAAAGGAAACACCGUAUGAGAACUACCACGGCUCGAACACGGUGUUCCUCGUGGCGGUGCUCAUGUCUGUGGUAGGGGGGGUAUUCAUAGUAUUUGCCCUGAGCGCUCUCUGCUACAGGUCAGUCGUAGUACACAAAAACUUCUCCCUGUGCCUAAGGAAAAAGAGUACAUCACGGAAGUACGACCCGCCGUACGUGAAGAAACCUAUUGCGAAGAGUUUCGCUGCUGGAUCCACCGCCAACAAUUCGCAGGAAGACAUCUCUCUGGACGGUGGGAAGAUGCACUCCUUCAAUAACACUUUUAGCCGAGGCGACUCUCAGCGUGUAAUCUUUAAGCAUGGAAACCACAUGUCCGGCGCGGGAUCUACCAGUAGAUACCCCGAUCACAAGCAAAUGAAACGUGUUCACUCCGGCAGUGAAGAUGAGCCGACACAUUCAGGCGAAGAAGACAUAGCAUUCAUAGACGUAGCACCAAACUCGAUGGCCAAGCUGCCAGAAAAGGGAAUUCUGAAGAAGCACGGGUACGGCGCCGUGGACGGCAAGGACAAGUGGGGAGAUGACUCUCAGUCCGAGCAGCUGGAAGCCGGCUCGCAGUCAGACGGCCAGGAGCCGCCGGGACCCGUCUCGGAUAUGGAGUAUAAGUUUAAGGACUUGAACGGCUAUCACGAAAACAUAAUAGUGGCUCUGAAGACGGCGGCGGCCCAGCGCGCGAGCGCGGGCGCGAUGGCGGCGGGCGCGCCGGGCGGCUCCGGCGACCUGCGCGCGCUGCAGGAGUACGAGUACCAGCGCGAGCGCGCGCCCAGCGCCGACAAGAUACACGACGCCGACCUGCGCCGCGCGCGCACCGACGACGAGGAGGACGACCAGCCGUCCUGCGGGCCCAUCCGCAUCCGCAACCUCGAGGACCUCAUCCGCCAGCUCGAGCACCACUCCAGCCGCCACAUGAGCCCCUCGGGCUCCGAGGACAUUCGCAUGUCAGAGACGGAGGCCGAUAGACAUUAUAGGAUCGAUCCGGGCGAGGUGGUGGCAAUAUCUGUUGGCAUCAGACGUUGCCGACGAGUCGCCAGCGGAGAGGAGGAAUCCCGUUUCGGCUACCCUCGGUUCCGCGGCAGUGGACGACACCAUCCGCCACUGUUCAGCACCGCGAGCGGUAGCGGCAGCGCGGCCGCGAGCGCCGGCUCCGCGCACGUGCACGCCGCGCAUGCGCCGCACACGCCGCACACACCGCACGCGUCGCACCUGCAGCACGCCGCGCACGCGUCACACCCGCGCCUGCCGCCCGACGACGACGCGCUCUACGAGACCGCCGACGCCGAGCGCCUGCGCGACGCGCCCGACAGCGAGAGUGAUGAAUUUAUUCAAGCUCAACAACAGUUAGCCCGGUGGGCGAGUGAAGAAGCGGUGCCGGCGGCGCCGCAGCGCGAGUACUACCCGUCGCCGGCGGGCUCCUCCAGCAGCGACGCCACGCUGCGCGCCGCCGCGGCGCACGCGGCCGCCGCCGCCUUCCCCGAGUACACGCACUGACCCCCCCGCCCCGCGCGUGCGCCCCGCCCGCGCCACACUCGCGACCCGCGCGCCACACGCGACCCGCGCGCCACACGCGGCCCGCGCGACCCCCGCGACACCCGCUCGGACCCCGAGUGCGCACAAUAGAUUACUAGUAUUCGAUGUAUCGAGCUCCGUUUGCACUGUUAGGGUAAUCACGAUAACGAAUAGUUUAACCGUUAGUAAGGAACACGAAAAAUCUUCUCACGCGUAGUGAAUACGAUUAAGGUCUAGUGAAAUCGAGUCCGGGCCGGCCGCGUCGCGCUAACGUCGCGCAGACGCCGCGCCGACGCCGCGUGGACGCCGCACCGACGCCGCCCGGCCGCUUGUGAAUACGUAGUUAUCGUUAGCGAAUCAGUGAAAUGUAAAUAUUAUUGAACUAUGAGAUAUUAAAUGCACAUUAUAUAAACGAUAUGACUGAACUGUAGAAAUUGAAACACAUAGAGUAACCGUCGAUGUAAGUGUGGUCGCCGCCGCGCCCCCGCCGCGUCGUCGCGCGUCCCCCGCGCGUGUCUCGCGCGAGCCCGCACGUCUCCGCCGCCUCCGUUCCGUUGACGUUCGUUACGUUAGUUCCAAUGAAUCGAUACGCUUUAUGAGUCUUAUGUAGGCGGGUGGAGGCGGAGGCGGCGGCGGAGGCGGCGGCGUGGCGGCGGCGCGGCGCGUUGUAUGUCUAAAGUAACUCGGUGUAAGACUCAUCGUUUUAUGAAGGUAGCGUAAGAGUGCCGCGCGGUGGCGAGGUCCUGUGAGACGUCGAACUCGCCGUCCGCGUGACGGACGAGCCUCGAGUGGCUUGCAAAUUAGAUAGGCGAAUAACAAAUUGAGCUAUACUAAUCGUAAGGAGAAGCUUUAAUGUGUUAGUGGAGGAGGCGCCGCUCGGGUGUCGAGCCGACGAGCCGUCGAGCCGCGUCCGGGCGGACCUCCGCGCAGUCACCACAGAUCUCGCACCAGCGUGCACAAUAACUCGUUAUAACUAGCGCGUAACGUACACAUAUUCUAAAACCUUUAAUGUGAAUAAAAGUUAUUUCGAUUUAUCAGAAUAUCUAUUAUUAUGUAUUGAUCAUUAAAACGAAUUUAAGCCGAUAGUAACUGACGUGGUGGCGUGUAUGUUGAACGGUACGUUAUAGUUUUCAUGUUUAUUUUAUUGUGACAAUUUAGAAAGUUAUCGUUUAAUUCGCGUUUACGCUAGGCUAGGUUGUGGCGCGGCCACUGAUGUAACGUGUAGGUUAUUACAGUUAAAUAAAUGUAUGCGGGCGCGGCCCCGCGACCGCCGCCGUCGCCCCGCGCCCGCAUCACUAAUUACUCACAUAGUUAUUCGUUAAUGACAAUUUAAUUAAGUCUUAAACAUAGAUAUUACAAACACGUACAGGGUAGAUGUGAUUGCAAUACUCUGUGGCUGAGUGCGGCGACGCCCGGGCGCGGCGCGCGACACCGAGCCGCCGCGCCACAGCCGCGCUACCGCCGCGUCACCGCCGCGCCACUCGCGCUCGAGCCGCUCAUGUCGUAUUGUUUGUCUACCCGACGAUUACGGUCAUGCUCAAGGGACACGAGAGACUAAAGGUUCACGCACACUUACCGCCUUAUCAGUAGAUUGCCUAAUUGAGACACAGUAUUCCUAAAGCAUAAAUUUGAAUUUCGAAUCAUCUGAUGGUGCAGUUUAAAUCGUUCUUAUGCACUAUAACUUAACUUGGUCUACUGCCAAGGCGACAAGUCUCCGUCAACCUUGAUUCGUGUCUCAAGACAAACUGCGAAUGUUUGAGUGUGUCACGACCGCGCCAUAUCUGAUACAUGUGCAGUACAGCGAACUCCAUUCAAGUGCAUAAUUAACGCGCCACAAACUGAUUGAAACCUUUUCAAUUAUUAGGUACAUUAUAAUCAUGUACAAAAUCGGAUUAACUUCAAACGCAGUUUCCACCAACCGGGCACACAUUGCUGAAUCAGUCCGAUUUUAUGCAGACUCAACGGUAUCAACCCCUUGUUAAUUUAUAUGUCAAUAUUCCACAAAAAUAAAGUGGCUGUUACACAAGCUCCGAUACAUCGGACCGAUUUUUGUAACCGAUAAUUUACGGUCAUCUGCGUUAGAGGUAUAAUUUGAAGACACUGCGGAGUUCUCUGUAAGCACAUAAUUGGAAUCGACGGCUUGCGCGCGAGCGUGUCGUCGUCACUCAGCGGGCGUCGCGUGCGCACGUUCAUAACCUCAAACGCGGCUGUACGCAGCACGAAUUGCACACUAACUGAUGUAGGGUUGCCACACACAAAAUAAAUACUAUUAUUUUUCACAUAGGUAUAUUAUAUUUCGGCAAAUUCAUAUUAUCGAAUAUCUGAAAAGGUUAAAUCAUCACACCAAAAAAGUAUGUUACUAAAGGUAUUAAGUAUGAUGGGAAAGGCACUGCGUGAAUAUUUGGAAUAUUCAAUGUUUUAUGUUCUAUUGUGUAAUAAUACUCAUACAUACAUUAUUAUAAAUACUCAGGAAGAAAAUAAGGAAAUAUUUCUUCAUAAACUAUAAACCAUUGUAUAGUAAAUUACUCAUUGACGUCAAGAUACUAAUCCGAGACUAUGCCUUGUAUAAAUAUACUUUACAAAAUACAACAAACCAACUACAAAAUUGAUAAAUCCUAUCUUUUCUUCACUUUUUAUAAACAGAACUAUGCGAAUCUUGGCAAUAUUAAAAUUUACUUCAGUUAUUAUCUUUGCGGCAUCACUUAGUUUUGUCUAUUGAUGUGUUCUCCCCUACAACAAAAUAUUCUACGGAGUAUAAAGAGGUAACGGACGAAAUGUUUCUCAACAUUUAUUUUGCUUUGAAUUUUGAAACAAAUUAUUUUAUCAUUUGGCAACCUGAAUGUCACCGUGGUGCAUACAGCCAGUUUGGUAGGGUAGGCCUAAGACGUCAAUUGCGAACAGCGCCGUACGCCAUGCUCAUGGCAGUCACACCGGCGCACGCGCAUUCGUAACGCUAUAUAGCUCAAGAUGGGGGUUUGUUACACGUGUGCUAGUCUGGUAUCACUGACAUUUAGUUCCAUAGAUCAUGCUCAAUCUAUGACGAAAUCUAGUUCUAGCAUGAGUGUAAAAAGGGCGUAACCAAGUAGUUUCAAUGUCGUUAAACCUAAGUCUGAAGCGACUGUAAAUAAAUCUAUGAGGCGUCUCUCAAUAUGGCGAAGUCUGGGACACUAAUAUAGAUCGCACAGAUCACGUCUCGAUCAACAGUCUCAGAAUACAGACUCCUAAAUCAUAAUCGUAAUAUUAGGCGUAACAUUCAUACCGUCACUGCCAUAAUCAUUCAUUAAAUAAUCAUUGUAAUCAUUAGUAUUCUGGUUAUCAGAUUAACCAUUUAUGAUUAAGUGAAUUAAUGGAUCUUGUAUAAGAAAUUGCAAAAUAGUUAUAGAAGAGAAAGGAGGCCCUGUUCGACCAGUGAUAUCAGACUCGUUCUAAAAAUGCUCAUUAAUUUUAUUCCUAAUACCUUAAUUCCAGAUAAUCCUAUACAUGAUUACUGAAUUUUACGUUCAAAAUAACUUAAAUAUUGUUUAAUAACUACGUAAUUAUAAAUUUUGCUCUUAUUUUAGACCGAUAAUAGCGAUUUAAUGUUUUAUGAUGUCUGCAUACCAGUUAAAUAACAUCUAGAUACAGCAGAACCUUCGCUGUUAUGAUAUUUUUUUAUUAAUUCUAAUAAAAUUUUAAGUCCUCAGAAAGUUUUCGUUGCUCAUAAUUAUUUCUAAAAAUUUUAAUUAUAUAUUCACCAUGAGUUGAACAAUAAACUAUUUUUUCUUCAUACAAUUCUGUAGUCCCUUUACGGUCAUAGCUUAUUUGUUAUUUCAAAUUCCCGCCAUUUGCAGCACACGUGUAACAAACAAAAUGGAUGCCAGAAAUGCCAUAUGUUUUGCAUUUUUGCAAAACGUUGUUACGAACGCUCGUGCUGCGACUGUCGACUUGGUUUAAUAUGUUAAGUGAUGUAUAUGAUACGAAUUUUAAAACGAACAAGUUGACGUUUUAAUUUCGUUCACCGUUUAAUUUGUUUGUCCUUGUAAAUAAUAUUUGCUAUAUGAUUUACUAAAUGAAUGUAACAUAUUAUUAAUGAAAAAAAAUAUAGAUGAACACAAAUUUUA